AUGUACUCCUCCACCCCCGGCGCCAACUUCCUCGUCCUCUCUCCCAUCCAAACCGCCUCCCACGGGUCCCCCGCCCCUCGAGCCCGCUCCGACAGCUGCUCCUCCACCGACAGCUCGUCCUCCAACUUCCUCGUCCUCUCUCCCACCCAAGCGGGUCCUCACCACGCUGAGCAACCCCGUGGCCGCUCGGACAGCUCCUCUUCCGUGGACAGCAAUGCCGCUGCCAGAUUCCUUGUCCUUUCUCCGACCCAAUCUGGCCCUCACCACGCCUCGGUCCCUGAGAACCGUGCCCGCUCUUCGGAGGCGAUCUCGCCGUCCCCGCUGCCUGCUGGGUUCCUCUUCUUGGGCUACGAUGCUCCGGCCCGGAUUGCUUCGAGUGAAUAA